GCAACUUUCACCACGUCCUCGAAAUUCCAGCCACAGAUGGCCCAUAACAGGCUGACUUUCAAUGAACUCCUCUCGUAUGGGUUCAAGUAUGGAGAGCCCUGGGCAGAUAACAGACGCGAAUUCGAGCGUGAACUGGACAGACACUCUUCUCACUACGAUCCCAACGCCCGUGACUCUAGUGGAUACAAAAGAACACAACUGUACCUGAAUCAUUCGACACCCUCUGGCAAUGCCGGCGCCUACGGCGAGAGGGCCUCUGGUUAUCCAUCUUCUCGGGCUACCUUUGGCUCUAGUUAUGCUCGUGAUCAUGAGGCGUCACAUCCUGGCGGUUCGAGCGGUCGAUACUACAGUGCAUCCGAUACCACAUCCAACUCUGCUUAUAGGCAUCAUGAGCAUUGGCCAUCGACGCAUAAUGGAUACUACUACUACUACUCUCGUGAGACGCCUACUGACACAACACCGUCUCACAAUCGCACACAUAUGCAUACGACCGCUCCAACGUCACUAUCUCCUGCUAGUGUUCAUCAGCCAUCAUCUAGUACCCACAGUCGAGCGGCAUCCUCCUCGAGCAGCCGCAGUUAUACUUCAAGUCAUAUGAAUUCAGCGUUCUCCGGGUAUCGCGAGGCAAAUCAUCAUUAUGGUUAUGCCUCCUCCAUUGCAAGCACCGACAGUCAUGUGCCUUUCUCAGGCACGUAUGAUGGUUAUGUGUCCAAUUUGCAGGCAUAUUAUAGCGCAGACGACUCAGACGACGAACACGAUUCUUAUAGCAAGUUUGCCGACACUCGAGAAGAGGCCGAGCUGUUUGAUGGGGAUGUUUAUGAAGCCCACAGUGGUUUUGCACACGUUGAAUACAUUGAUGACCCCGCCGAUCUGGGACUGAGCGAGCUGUAUCUCGGCGACGAGUUUGAAGAGGAGGGACUGGAAGGGUUUGAUGAUGCUGGGGAAUUUGGGGGCGAGUAUGAGGACCAAGGGUACGAUGAUGGUGGGUAUGAGGAUAACGACGACGACGAUGAUGACUAUUGA